AUGGCAGACAAGCCCCAAUACCUUACCGGCAAUAUCGCCGCCAUUAAUGAAUUCAUCGACGAAUUUGAUGUUUUUCUGCUAGAUUGCGACGGCGUACUGUGGUCUGGUGACCAUGUCUUUGAGGGUAUUCCCGAGACUAUCAAGCUCCUCCAGUCAAAAGGAAAAAGAACCGUCUUCGUGACAAACAACUCUACUAAAUCACGAGAAGAGUAUCUCAAGAAGCUCACUAAACUCAACAUCCCAAGCACCGUCGAGGAUAUCUUCGGCUCAGCAUACUCAGCGUCCAUUUACAUUUCCCGCAUCCUUAAGCUGCCUCCUGGAAAGAGCAAGGUUUUCGUCAUCGGAGAGCUUGGUAUCGAGAAGGAGCUAGAUAGUGAGAACGUGCCGCACAUUGGCGGGACGGAUCCCGAGCUUAGAAGAGACAUCACCCCUGCCGACUUUGAGGGCCUGGCCAAUGGCUCCCUGCUGGACCCGGAGGUUGGUGUUGUGCUGGCCGGUUUGGAUUUCCACUUCAACUACCUCAAGAUGGCCCACGGCUUUCAUUAUCUGAAGCGAGGCGCCAAGUUCUUAGCGACCAAUAUUGACUCUACGCUGCCCAUGCAUCACGACUUUUUCCUGGGCGCUGGGUCGUCAAUGGCACCUUUGGUAUCGGCCUGGGGACAGCCCCCCCUCGCGCUCGGAAAGCCCAGCCAGGCCAUGCUUGAUGCUGUCGAGGGCAAGUUCCAGCUGGACCGGUCUAGGACGUGCAUGAUUGGAGACAGAUUGAAUACUGACAUCAAGUUUGGAGUUGACGGGAAGCUGGGUGGCACUCUUCAUGUACAAACUGGCGUUGACAAGAAGGAGGACUGGGAGAAGGAGGACGCCAUUGCCGUCCCUCGGUUUUACGUUGAGAAGUUGAGCGAUCUGCUCCUUGCCAAGGAGUAA